AUGGCAUCACGGUUUCUACCCAACAGCUCCAUCGUACAAUCGGCCGAGCUUACAGUGACCUUUAUCAACUGGCAGGUACCUGUGCUGGUCCAGGCGUGUUUCAUGACAAAGCCAUGGGACUAUACUAAAGUCGGCUCAAGGGCGGUCAACGGGACUAUCUCAUUCAUCACAGGUCAAUAUCAGCGCGACAACCCGGCACUCCGCCGCCCCUCGCUCACAGUUACUUACACCGCGGGGAGCACGCAGCCGGCUGGCACGUACCCCGUCAAGGUUGGCACCGUACCCCGCACUUGGUGGGUGGACACCGCCGGAAACGACGAGACCAACAGCGGACAUCCGGACUCGCCGUUCAAGUCCCCAGCCAAGGCGGUGUUUGAAGCGUGGCCGGGUGAUCAGAUCUACCUCAAGACCGGAGUGCACCCUGGAGGUAUCGACAUCACACGACCACGUCUCACAUUGCGCUCCGCCCCCGGCCACUGGGCCGUCAUCUCGCUGCCCAUGAGCGACCCUCAGAACGCCGUUAACGUCAUCACUCUGAGACCUGGGGCUGAUUACGGAGUCAUCUCGGAUCUGGAGAUCACAGGUGGCUUCUAUUACGGCAUCAUGUUCUUCACGUCGUGGGAGAACUAUGGCACCAUGGCCGAGCGUGUGGCGCAGGGCGCGGCGCCCAGCCACUGGCGCGUACAGAAUGUACGCAUACACGACACAGGUAGCAGUGGAGUCAAGUUAACGAUGAAGGCAACAAACAACACUUUUUCCAACUGCGAAAUUUACAACACAGGCGCUCGGGAGCGCACCAGUGGCCAUGGCAUUGUGGCCUUCCAGGUGUACGACAUUGCUGUACAGGACACGUAUUUCCACGACAUUGCUGGCGCUGCCGUGCACCUUGCCGGAGGCACCGCACGCGCACUGUUGGAACGUAACUUCGUGACACGAUCCAACUUUGGAUUCAACCUGGGGUUCGCAACCGAGUACGAGUAUAUGGACGGAAUUAACAAUCCUGCACUGUACGAGUCCAUCAAUGCCACAGCCCGCAAUAACAUCCUGACGGCUGUCAGCCAGGCGGGGAUCAACGUGUGGGCCAGCAGUGGCACCGUUCUCGCCCACAACACCAUCUGGCAGGCCCAAGAGAACGCGCAGAGCUGCAUCCUAAUCAACUCCUACACCCACGAUGAUGCGCCUUCGGGCCCCUUGCUCACACGCUGCGCCAAUCUCACGAUCUGGGCCAACGUGCUGAUCCGUGCAGGCGGGUUGGACCAGGCUAGCAAGUUUGUAUCCGCACACAACGUCUACUACGACCAGAGAGGUCUCGGCCCCGCCACCUUCCAGUGGGGCCAGGGCGCCAUGCUGGAGGACGAGCGCACGGAGAGCCCCUUCGUCGGCAACGCCACAGGCUGGGCUCGACACUGCACCGUAACAUUGCAGCAAGCGUACUGCGAUAUCAACAGCAUCGAGGUCGAUCCAAAGCUCGACUCCAACUUCACACCGCUAGUAUGCAGCCCUGCCAAGGCCCGGGCAGCGCGCACACUGCCAGACGGCGGCGCUGCGCUGGUGUUGGACGAUUUUAGCGGCCGCCAGCGACCCGCCGUGGGUCUGUUUGACGCAGGGGCAGUGCAGUCAAACGCCGCAGGUGCCGCCAAGUCACUGCCACCUGUGCCGGCCGCAAUCGCCAACAGCAGUACUGCGCCGUACAUGGGCAUCGGCUUGGGCCCUGUGUACGACAAAAACUGGCCGUACUUGUACUGGGCGGGACGGACGUGCAAGGACCUGUACGUGGAUGCCGUCAGCGGCCAGGAUAACCAGGUGUUCAACUACGACUCGAAUUACACGUACCCCUUCAAGACGGUCGGGGCGGCGCUUGUGGCUGCGAACCAGUGCGACCGCAUCCUGCUGAAGGGUGGCCAAAACCACACAGGAGGCUUCGGGAUCUUCAGACCCAAUGUUACCAUUAUCACGAACCCAGCCGACCUGCCAAUGUCCCGAGCGACCGUUGUGUGCUCGUCCGCCACCGGCGCCAACCCCUGCAUCCGUACGGGAGGAGGACUGUACGGCGGCGCCGCCGCCAUCAACCUCGCAAACUUUGACGUGGUCAUGUCGGGCGGUGCGUCCGGCAGCUGCAUCUUCUUGAAUGAAGGAGCCGGCAGCGGCACAAGCGCAUACUGGGCUUUUUAUCUGGCGGCGAGGGGAAAGCAGCCCACCUUGUCGUACAUUCAGAACCUGACCCUGACCGACUGCGGGCUUCACGGCAUCAAACUGAGUACCUUUGUCAAAGGACUGGUCAUCCAGAAUGUGACGAUCACUCGGCCCAAGGGAACCGGCAUCGAGGUCCGCGGCGGCGCAGACCUGACCCUCCAGGCCAACACCGUCCUCAGUCCGGCCGAUACGGGCAUCCGACUGGGGGGCGGGCCGCAAAUGCACCCUUCCUCUUUUUAUACUGGCAGGAACUUUGGCGGUCGCGGGAUCCUGCUGGGCAGCGACAACACCGAGGUGAUGUACAUGGACGUGGACUGGGCGCGAAGCAACGGCGGCGACUGGCACGACAACAUCAACACCACAGUGCGCAACAACAUCCUGGACGGCGGCGCGGGUGCGGGUGUGGCCUUCUACUCCGCCCGCGACGCUGUCGUGGUGCAUAACACGUUACUGGGCGUGGCCGCCUCCAUGCAGGCUGGGGUGCUGCUGUCCGUCAGCCCCAAGCAGCUAGGCCCCACACUCGCCGUCGGGCCGCCCAAUACCAACAUCACCUUUCGCAACAACAUCGUCACGCUGCGAGGCCCAGCCAGCGCCCGCCUAAUGGUGGAGGCGAGGAUCCUCCAAGGUUCGAUUGCCAACAAGCAGUUGGUCGCCACCCCGCCGAACGGCACGUGCCCUGCAAGCGGUGCUGGUGCAAUAGGCCGUCGAAUCCUCAGAAUGGCGUUGCCCGAUGACGACGACGACGGCGACAACGGCGCUGCUGCAAGUGUUCGAGUUCAGGUCCGGCCGGCCACCGAGAGCGGCGGUGGCGGUGGCAUGGCCUGGCGGGCAUGGCGCCAGCAGCAGCGGCGGCAACUGGCGUCGUUUGCCGAUGCCUAUUUGAGCGCACCGGGGGAGGCGGGCCGCAACCCCGACGGCUCAUGUCCCAUCUUCCCGCCAGACAACGCCUGGCACCAGGACGUGAGCUCACUGCCCGUACACCCCGACAGUGACACCAUCAAGAGCAACAUCGGCGGCGGGGGCGUGCAUCCAGACUUUGGCGGCGGUUACACGCUCAACGGUCAACGGAUUCUGUACGGAAUUCCCUUUGUGGUGGUUGACAGCAGCAAGGGCACGCCCCUAGUGCCGAUUGACAUCGACCCGGUCACCGGCUACCCCGACGAGUCCGACACGGUUCCCGGCGGCUACCCCUUCCCGCCCAACGCCCCCGUCGAGGGGGCCUACCCUAACUGUCCGGGCACCCCCUGCGGCGGCGACCGCCACGUGCUGGUUGUGGACAAUGCCACGUGUCUGCUGUACGAGACCUAUAGAAGCUUCCCGCCGAAUGUGACGGGCACGGGCAAGUGGCGCGCUGACAUCGUGGCUCGGUUCAACCUUUCCCGCAACGCCGUGGGCCGGCCGCUGGGCUGGACUUCAGCCGACGCUGCCGGUCUGCCCAUUAUGCCUGGCCUCGUUAAGUGGGAGGAGGUGGUGGUCAAGGGUGUCAUUGACCACGCAAUCCGUUUCACUGGACCCAACUCGCGCCGCGCUUACGCGCCGCCCGCCACCCACUUCGCCGCUGCCGGUUAUAGCGGCCCCGACGCGCCGUACAUGGGCUUGAGGGUGCGCCUCAACGCCAGCUUCGACUGCAGUCCGCUGGCGGCAGCAGCGCGCGUGUUUUGUACUGCACUUAAGAAGUACGGCGGCAUCUUUGCUGAUAAUGGCAGUCCCUGGUAUUUCUCAGGCGAGGCGACAUCUAAAUGGGACGCAGUCCUCAGCCAGUUGAGCGAUAUCUCCAAGAUUCCCUCCUCAGCUCUGGAAGUACUCGACACUGGGUGCCUGUGCCUGGAUGCAGGCUGCACCAUCGCAGAGUGCAAUGGGAUCACAGACGUAGAUCCCAACUCGCUGCCUAUCUACACCGCCAUCUCCUCACCGAGCGAUCUCUCCUUCGCCAACAACAUCUACUUCAAGGCGGCCGACGGCAGCAGCAGCAGCAGCAGCAGCAGCAGCGGCAGCCCCCCCGGGCGCUAUGUGGAUCGCCGGGUGCCACCAGCAGGGUACGACGGUGGCCUGGCGGGCUGGAAGUCGUACAUCAGCGGCGACGCCGGCAGCGUAGAGUCAGAUCCGCUGCUAGACGCCGCUACCUACACCCCCCUUCCCGGCAGCCCCGCAAAGGCCGCCGUGCCCAGGCUGGCCAUGGUGGAUGUGGACUUUUACAACGUGUCUCGGGGCCCUAUGGGCGGACUGACGGAUGCAGCCGCAGAUCCGCACAGUACGGACGUAUUACGGGGGUUGCUGAUUGCGGCAUAUUCAGAUUACAUUCUGCAGCUCCUCACUGGACUCGCUCAGGCUUCCAAAAGCGAGACCGUCCACACGAUAUAA